CAAUGUGCUGGUGGUGAAAGCUUUCCAUUUCUUCUGAUUAACCACAACCAUGUUUUAAUGCUUAAUAUUACAUUGGAAGGGUCUUCCUUUUGACCAGGUGUCCUUUCUGAUGACACGGGUGUUUGUUUCCUUUUCUUUUGGGAUGAUUAAUACAUUUACCAGUCUUUUGCUUUUUACAACAUUAGUGUCCCUUCUUAUGGUCUACUAGAAGAGAAUCUAGUUGAAAUCCUGAGUAUGAGGUGCAACACCUUGUUCAUGUCCUGUUGACGUUAAUGUUUGCACAACGUGUGGCAGGAUUGAAUGAUUUUGUUCUAUCUACUUUUAAAAUUAGGCUCGAUUGACUGGCCUUCACCCUAUUUUUCUUCAAUAGAUGAGCGAUAAUUGAAAUUAUUCUUUUAUUAUUUUUUUGUGAAUCUACAAGUGAGAAGCAUAGCUAACCAUGACUAAUUAUGUUAUGCUGCGUCCGUAGGCCUGCGAUUUGUAUUCAUUUAUAGUGGGAACAAAUGCUUAUAGAUUCCGUACAGCCGCUCAGUGUGUCAUCUUGCAGCGUAUUGGGUAAAUGAACAGUCUUGUUCUAAGCGCACAAUUUAUGCGAUGGAUUCCAUGUGAUGCCUCUAGCCAUGAUGCACUUAAUUUAUUUAAUAUUGUCAAAUUUAUUGAACAUUUUUCGACGAUGGUACUUCAAAAAGAUUCGUUAGAAUGCGUGUGUAAGCAAACUCCACCACUAAUCUCCUAUUUUAGUUGUACCAUCUGCCUUUAGCCUAAUCUUUUCAAAUUAUCUUGUUUCCAAUCACAAACCCCAGAAAGCCAAGUUGUACCUGUUUAUUUGUAAAUGUUUGUGUAUGUAUCACCGGGAUUGCCUUUGCGGAAUAUGGGAAGUUAUAGCAAAAAAGGCUUUGUCGUUUGCUUUUGCAAUGAAUGUGUACGCCUCCUGAUAGGAAUGCUAAUAGAGGCGUCGAAAGUGUCUAGGAUCUAGUACAAUAUUUUAGGAAAGUGGAAAGAUGAAAAAGAAAAUGAAUUAUUCUAAUCGAAAGAGUGUAUUUGCGUGCGAGUGUGCGUGUGUGUGUGUGUAUGUAGUUUGUGUGUGUAUCAGUUUGUUCUAUUCUACUCGAACUAAAUGUAUUUGAUUGUUUCUCUGUCGAUUUGCGCUCUAUGAACCGAACAACGAAACGAAACAAUCCUGAUUCCAAAAACUCAUCAAAACAAAAUGCGCCAUUGAAUCUCAACACCUUUAACUCGUUCGGAUCUUGUUCGAACGAUCGGAAACCAAAAUCAUCAUCCUUCAACAGCUGUACCAGAUAUUGUUCUUCAGCCGAAUACCCGCUCCACUACCAACGAUCGCAGUCCAUCGAAGCCACACCAGAGCAGUGAUGCUGGUAAUCGUUCCCGAAGCUCCAGAGAGGUGGAACUUAGAGAUGUGAUGGAAACUGCAAGAAAGCAAUAUUAUCUGGGCACUUCAAGUAGCCAAAGCAGCGAAAACGACGAAGACAAUUUGAUCGCCAGUUUAUUACACCCAGAUUCACAGCAUAAUACCAUGCGAAUAACUCCUUCCACGGAUGAAAGCAGCGCACAUGCGGAGGAUCUUACGGAUUUUGAAAGAGCGGUAUUGAAUAAGUAUAUUCGAGACAUGAACUUGUCAAUGAUACCUUCGGUGGAUAACACUACGACGCAGCAGAAUACGAAGGAAUCUACACAUGUUCAAGGUGACGUUCUGCGUGAUAGUAGCAUAGAUACGGCAAAGCAGCUGGAUGAAAAUGGCAACAGCUACAAUUCUGUUGAAGUUGGUGCUGCUGAUGAUCGUUGUAACAAUUAUAAACUCGAACAAUGUUGUAGUUGCCAUACCAGAAAAGUAACGACGACAAUCACCACCACAACCACGACCACAACCGUCAGAAUGACCGAGGAUGGCUUCGAGGAAGGCGGCGGUUGCAUCGCCAGCAUCGGCGAACUGGCGGAGACAGGCACCGCCGGUCAUCUAUCUCGCGCCACAAUGACCAUAAUGGCGCAUAAUGGCCUUUCGCCAUCUGUGUCGAUCUCAUGCCCAUCAAUGCCUCCAACGGGCCAUCACGAGACUGUGUCACCGUCGCAACAAACCACAGUUAAAAGAUCACCUUGCGACAUCGAAGAUGAUUCUUUUCAACCAAUAUCGGUUAAUAACGAUGUUGAACAAUUUGUUACAAUAUUAACACCGCCAGUGACGCCACUUGCAUCAAAAGAUGUGGAACAACUCACUCAUCAUGCUAUCAGUGCACACGUACAAUCCGACAAUACUCCUAAUGCUCAUCCUGACUCUAUAAAUGAUAGGCGGUUUUCCGAAGUACACAAGCAAUCCACACCAAAGAUCAACCCAUGUGAAGAUGUCCGAUCUGCCGAGGAAAUAGCAACCGACAUUCGGAACUAUGAUGGAAUCGUAGUGGGAGUGCUUGUAGCGGAUAAGGUCGACUUUUUAAAUACAUCGCGCUCUCCAUCACAGGCAUCGAUGGUCUCAUUAUCAUCUUCAUCAUCAUCAUCAAUAGCAGCAGCCGCCGUUUUAUCAUCUCCAAAUUCACCAUCAUUGGCUAGUGAUGCCAACAGUUCUCCUCCGCUAUCGGAGUCGGCUACUGUGGCAAUGCUUACAUUUGCCCAUAAUCGUCGCAAAGGCAGCUAUCGGAAACGCAAGAAGCGUCGUGAUCGUCAUCGAAAAUAAGCGAUUGUAUCGGAAGGACGAUUGUGCAUUUAUCAUUUAAUCAGCCAACAGGAACGAAUAGAUGAGAAAGCAUAUCAAACCAAUUAAAUCCGAGAGAACAUGUAGACAUAAUCUAUUUUUCAUUCACAUUUGAUUCACCUGCAAAUCCCAACUUGAGGCAGAAAUUAUGAAUCUCUAAAAGUCUCUAAAAGUAAUGUGUCCCUACCGACCGUAGGUAGCAGUAGUAGCGUAUUGGUACGUGUUGCUUUCGGAAAGCUUCCGGAUUUCGUUACAAAGAUGUUAUUACCUCGCAUAUUUUUGUUUUGCAUACCCUAUACAUUGAUUUUGGUACUACUUACGCGCUAAAUUAUUGUGCCUGGUACAGGGUGACCUGAAAAAAGUAUCGAUACAAGUUACAUGAGAGCAUGAGUGAGAUGGAAACUUAUGAUGGAAGCAAUUAAUUGUUAAUGUUGUAGUUAAAGAAGCAGGAAUGCCAGUGUGUAGUACUGGCAGGUUGAAAACGGUAAAAAGUACGUUCAAAUUGUUAUAACAUGUUGGUCUCAUCAACAGUACGUUUUCGAAAGCAGAAUUGUUAUUAGGCUUAAUAAGAAAAACACGUUAUUAGAAUUCAGUUUCUCCAGCAAUUUGUUGAAUCAAUCGAAUAGCAGGAUUUAUAAUGCCAUUGGGCAGAAAGGGAAAAAUAUAGAAAAAAGCAGCUGAAGAAGUCUGUUCAUUGAUCGUGCUUCGUUUAAAGGUGGUGUAUAUAUGGUACCGGUGGCGCGAAUAGCUCUUACUGGCAUAAUCAGGAAAAUGAAAAAAGAUGGUGAUAAUUGACUCCGCAGGUUGUCCGGUAGGUACUGGGAGUGUAUUUUGUUCCAUAACCUUGCGGAAUGUUAAUUCUUCAUCCGUAUACAAUGUGACUACCUCAUUAUGGAUAAUUUUGCGACAGUUGCCUAGAUGCUCGAUACGCGGCCGUCAGAUUGAUAAGUGUAUCGUAUUAUAUUGGUUUUCAUUUUUGCCUGAGAGCAAUCGGAACCCAUUUUGUGUAUGCUGCUUCCUAAACUUUGUUAAACAAAAAAACACUGACUCCUCCAAUGUGUUGAACCAAAUUUAAUCUAACAAUUUUGUUUGCUGUUUCUCUCUCUUUCUCUUUUCUUUCAUCUUUCUUGCCGCUACCACCAAUUACUCCACGAAAUCAAAAAACAAAAUAUGCGCCAAACAAAACUGAAUCCCAUCAACUCUGUUUUUGUCUAAACUAUUUUGGGCCAUUGUCCACGUUUUACGUCCCGUGAAAACAUGUAAAUGUAUCAAACACACAACUCGAAUUAUCAAACUCAAAAUUACCACAUCUUCAUUUUGUAAACCAUUCAUGAUAUUGGCCUUUAUAUUUUAAAAUGCUUACAUUCUUUAUAUUUCAAUGCUCCAAAAACAAUCAUACAAAACAAACAAAAUGCUUUUGUUUCGAUUUGUGUUACUUUUGUUGUUGCCUUUUUUGCAUUUUGUUCAUAUGCCCGUCCAUGUGUAACUCUUUUUUCUGGUGCGCGUGUGUGUGAUGGUUAUGUUAAUACAUUUAAUACCCAAAAUGAACGAAAACGGUGUUUCCGUUAUG